CCAGUGACACCAAUACUUCGGGCACCAUUCCCCACACCGACAGCAAUGAUGGGGAAACAUUCCCCCCCACCAACAACAAAGAUAUGGCACUAUUCCCCCCACCUACAGCAAUUAUGGGACAACAUCCCCCCUCACUGACAGCAAUGAUGGGGCAACAUUCCCCCCCACCAACAACAAAGAUAUGGCACUAUUCCCCCCACCGACAGCAAUUAUGGGACAGCACUCCCCCCACCGACAGCAAUGAUAGGGCAACAUUCCCCCCACCGACAGUAAUGAUGGGGCAACAUUCCCUCCACCAACAACAAUGACGGGGCACCAUUCCUCCCACUGACACCAAUGAUGGGGCACUAUUCCUCCCACUGACACCAAUGACGGGGCACCAU